UCUCCAAGUUGGGUGCGCCAGACGUCUACGCUCGCUGCCUGCGCUGGAUCACGGGCCAUUUUCAGCCCCAAUUUGUUCCUGUCGGGUGCCAAGCUGAGCUCCCUGGGCUUGUAAAAACGUCGCUGCAAUCGUGGCAAUUCCAAAUUUUUGCGCAAUUCGAGAAACAAUGGUGGGAGCAGUGGCGGUCACGUCCGGUGAUAUAAGAUUGGAGGUGGGCAUUGCGAAAAGCAGGCUUGCCGAGAGCCUGAGCUUGCAUUCGCAUUCGUCGUGGUCUCUGCGGGUUGGGAGCACGAAGGAAGCCAAGAUGGUGCCAUCGCUCGUAGCAGCGGAUGCCGGAAAGAAGCCUUCAGGGAUGGUUGCAGCGAGCGCGUUGCCAUCGUCGCAGGGGGUAGCUGAGACCGCCGCCCUUGGGGCACCUGCAGUGUCUCUGGAGAAGGUUGUUGCCGAUUCCUCUGAAUUGGUAGCGAGUGAUGGAUCUGGGUCUGUGCUGAAGAAUGGGAUAGAGGGUAUCAGGGACAUGGCGCGUCGGCAGCGGACCGGUAGCUCUCCAACCACAUUCUCUGCCAAGUUUGUGCCGUUUUCGCCUGGACAGGAGACUGACGAGGAAUACUCCUUGGAUGAGGUGAUUUACAGGAGUAAGACUGGGAUGCUGUUGGAUGUCCAGCAUGACAUGGAGGCUUUGAAGAGAGCUGGAGAUGGGAAUUACUGGAAGAAUUUGUUCGAUUCGAGGGUGGGGAAAACGACAUGGCCUUACGGCUCUGGAGUGUGGAGCAAAAAAGAGUGGGUAUUGCCAGAGAUUGAUGACGAUGACAUCGUGAGUUUGUUUGAAGGCAAUUCCAACUUGUUCUGGGCUGAGCGGUUUGGCAAAGAGGUCCUGGACAUGACUGAUUUAUGGGUGAAGCACUGCGGUAUCAGUCACACAGGCUCGUUCAAGGACCUUGGAAUGACCGUGUUGGUUUCUCAAGUAAACAGGUUGAGGAGGUUGGGCAAGCCUCUUCUGGGGGUGGGAUGCGCUUCAACAGGGGAUACAUCGGCAGCUCUCUCAGCUUACUGUGCAGCCACCGGAAUUCCUGCACUCGUCUUCCUUCCCGCGAACAAAAUUUCCAUAGCUCAACUGGUGCAGCCAAUCGCCAACGGGGCCUUGGUUCUAAGCAUGGACACAGAUUUCGAUGGGUGCAUGCGGCUCAUCAGGCAGGUGACUUCAGAGCUCCCCAUCUACCUCGCAAACUCACUCAACAGUCUCCGCCUGGAGGGUCAGAAAACGGCUGCGAUUGAGAUUCUGCAGCAAUUCGAUUGGGAGGUUCCAGAUUGGGUAAUUGUACCCGGAGGAAACCUUGGAAACAUCUACGCAUUCUACAAAGGUUUCUACAUGUGCAAGGAGUUGGGUUUGGUGGACAGAAUGCCUAGACUCGUCUGUGCUCAGGCGGCGAAUGCCAACCCUCUCUACAGGGCAUUCAAAAACGGCUGGGAGACUUUCCAACCGAUCAAAGCUCUCCCCACUUUCGCAUCAGCGAUUCAAAUCGGAGAUCCAGUUUCCAUUGACAGAGCCAUCUACGCUUUGUCCCAGGCCGAUGGCAUUGUGGAGGAGGCCACGGAGCAAGAGAUCAUGGAUGCAUGUGCUCAAGCAGACAAGUCUGGAAUGUUCACUUGCCCUCACACAGGCGUUGCUCUGGUUGCUUUGCAGAAACUGAGGCAGCGUGGCGUCAUCGGUCGCAACGACAGGACAGUCGUCGUAAGCACCGCUCACGGACUCAAAUUCACCCAAUCUAAAGUCGAGUAUCAUUCUUCUGGGCUGCCAGCAAUCACAAGCCAGUUUGCUAAUCCUCCCAUCUCGGUGGCUGACGAUCUGGACUCCAUUAUGGACGUCCUUCGCCAAAAGCUCUCCCUCAAAUGACCCACCUCCGACGUCAUUUCUAGCGUCUCCACGCUCGAUGUAGAUUACUGUGAGUGGCUCGAGCUACGGUCAUGUAGAAAAGCGCUUUCACUCCCUCUAAAACUAGCGGUUUUGACUCACAACUAGCGGCACAAAAUGUUUCUUCAGAACUUGUUCCUUUCUACAUAUAAUAACUGGUUUUUCAUGGACCUUAGGAGUGGGCUUCCUGUGUGUGCCCCUUUGGCUAUGAUACCAACCAUGGUGGGCAUUUCUAGUCUCCAAACAUGGGAAUAGAGGAGAAGAAGAUGGGUUGGAGAAUGAAUCUUAAAUGAAUUCCACGAUUGUUUUAUUUUCAA